AUGUCUCGACGCCCGCCGAAUCCUGCUGCCGAGAGAGCAGCCCAGAAUCAGCAAACACUCAAGAGUCUCGUCAAACUGGAGUCGAACAAAGUAUGCGCCGACUGCAAGAGGAACAAACAUCCGCGAUGGGCUAGCUGGAACUUGGGCGUCUUCAUCUGCAUUCGCUGCUCGGGCAUUCACCGAGGCAUGGGCACACACAUAUCGAAAGUGAAGUCGGUCGAUCUUGAUUCAUGGACAGACGAACAGCUACAGAGCGUCCUGAACUGGGGCAAUGCGCGCGCGAACAAGUACUGGGAAUCCAAACUGGCCGCCGGCCAUGCGCCGUCAGAGGCCAAGAUCGAGAACUUCAUCAGAACAAAGUACGAACUGAAGCGUUGGGUAAUGGAGGGACCGAUGCCGAACCCCGCGAGCUUGGACGUCGAAGGUGAUGACGAAAUUCCCUUGAGCAUCGUCAAGGAGAAACAGAACCUCGACAGGAAGGAGUCAGUUCGGAGAAACCCUAGUAGCCAGAGUGCAACCCCGAGGAGUGCCGUCGCUCCACCACCCCAGAUGGAUCUUAUCGGCGGCGAUGAUAUUCCACCGAGAGCCAGCACCGCCCGUCCGUCUUCCACCCAGCCUCCUCCCAAGUCUGCGCCAGCGCCACCUAAAGCAGUGAACAAGGACUCUCUCUUGGGAUUGGAUUUCCUCGGCGAAGCCGCUGCUGCCCCUCCGCGACCUGCUAGCACUACUGGUACCGCCGGUGGUAUGGGGGGUCAGUCAAGACCUGAUCUCAAGCAGUCCAUUCUAUCUCUCUACGCCUCUGCACCCCGGCCUCAACAGCAGCCUCAACAGUCGGGCCAUGCUUCCACAGGGUCCUUUAGCGGUUUCGGGGGAAUGCAAUCCCCUCCUAUGCAGUCCCCUACCAUGGGACACCAGUCUAAGAACUCUACUAGUGGGUUCAACGAUGCCUUUGCAGGUUUGAGCUUUGGCAAUUCGGCAACGCCAAAAAGCCCUCAAAACGAUGCUUUUGCAGGCCUCUCGAGCAUGUCCAGCAACCGAUCUACGCCCCAGCCUGCCGCCUCUGCCUUCUCAAGUUUGAGUGGUGGUGGCUUCUUCGAUCCCAAGCCUGCCCAACCGCCACCUCAACCUCAGCCACCUCAACCUCAGCAGAAACCUGCAAUGACCACAUCUGACAGUUUCAGUGCAUUCGCCUCGUCCACAACAUCGCCGAAACCAGUACAAUCAUCCUCGUCUGGGUUGGGCGACCUGUUUGACUGGUCGAGCCCUGCUCCCCAACGAGCUGCCGUGGCCCCAGCACCCCCCAAACCAGCUCCAGCACCAGCAACUGACUCUGUCUUCAACCUCUCCGCACCCCAGUCAAAGCCUGCUCCUUCGGCUGCGCCAGCGCCAAGUCCGAUGGCAUCAAUGAACGCCCCUGAGUUCAGCAACUCGGAUGUUUGGGGCAACGCUUGGGGUAACCCAGAGCCUGCUGCCCCCGCAGCUCCCGCUGUAUCGAAGCCUUCUAUGGCUAGCAGCAGCAACAACGAUUUUGGCGGUGGGUGGGGUAGUAGCGGUGGCUCCUUCGCCAGCCAGAGUAUAGUACCAGGCGCUUCCGGCGGAUUUGCCCCUACGCCAAAGGUAGCCGCUGAUGAGGAAUUUGGUGGGUGGACGAGCAGCACGGGCGAAAACACGAAGGGCAAUAGAGCCGCGAAGCCGUCAGGUGGUUUUGGCAAUGAUGAUCUAUUCUCCAAUGUCUGGGAGUAG